AUGCCUGGCAAUGGAGAAGACAGAGCCUCGCUCGUCAAUAGACAGCUUCCGGAGAUGACGCUGUCGACCGCAGACAGCCCUCUGACAAAGGCACGCCCGCCUCCGGAGAACCUCAAACCGGCGGAUAGAGCACAGUACCGAUUCGAGGUUCACGGCAAUGCGAUCAUCACUGGAGGCGCCGGCACACUGGCACUUGAAGCUGCGACAGCGCUUCUCGAACAUGGCGCAUCCGGUCUGGCACUAUGGGACGUGAACCCCGACUCCGCAUUCGACGCUAUCAAAAAGCUGCACGCACGCUUCCCCGACCGCCGUAUUAUGACCGAAGCUGUCGACGUCCGAGACGAAGCUCAGAUCGCAUCAGCUGUGGAGAGUGCAGCAAAGGUACUGGGCAGCGUUGACAUGCUGUGCUGCUUCGCAGGGGUGGUGGGCUGCACACACGCCAUCGAGAUGGCAGCAGACGAAUGGCGCCGUACGCACGAUAUCAACCUGACCGGUUCCUUUCUCUGCGCACAAGCCGUUGCACGCCAAAUGCGCACACAAGGCACACCCGGGAGCAUCACUUUCACGGCGUCCAUCUCUGCACACCACACUAACUACCCUCAACCCCAGGCCGCGUACAAUAGUUCAAAGACCGCAUUGCUAUCGCUAGCGAAGAGCCUGGCGGCGGAGUGGAGCAGCUAUGGCAUCAGGGUCAACUGCCUGAGCCCUGGGUACAUGGACACGAUCUUGAACGACGGGCCGGGACUCGAGAGGGCGCGGAACUUGUGGAAUUCAAGGAACCCUAUGGGGAGGAUGGGCCAUCCAUGGGAGCUGACCGGGCCACUGAUCACACUGGUCAGCAACGCUGGGCGGUACAUCAACGGGACAGACAUAAUCGUGGACGGAGGAGCGAUGGUAUUCUAG